UUACGUGUUUAUUUACGAAAGUUUCGGACACUUUCGGCACCUCGAGCCAUUCGGCCUUCAGUCGCCGCGUAUAGUUUCGGUCUGUUAAACGAAAACUCGGAAAACGACGUUUUGGCCGCUUUAGGCUCGUGCAAUCCGGUCUCGGUCGCCGAGGUUCGGUCAAUUCGGUCCGUUAACCUUCUGAGAUACCAGACACAAUACAGGUGUUAGUGGCUUCGUAACGAAAACUUUGAGAGAUGAUUCUAACCAUGAUUCUGAGUUGAUAUCGAGAUUCGCGUUCCGGCAAACAAGAAGUUAAAUGAAAACUCGGAAACUAGAAGAGAAUCAACUGAAAUAUAAAGUUUUGUCCGUGGUUGUGGUCUUCGCUUUUUGGGUGGAAGUGAGAGAUUAUUGGACGAGGACUGUCUGUGAAACCCUUUUUCAGGCGCCAGUAGACUUCUCAAAGAAGCCCAUAGUGUGGGUACUCGGAGGCCCGGGUUCCGGCAAGGGCACGCAAUGCGAGAAGAUCAUCGCCAAGUACGGGUUCACGCACCUGUCCUCUGGGGACCUGCUCCGAGCAGAGGUCAAGAGUGGCUCCGACAGGGCCAAGGCUCUCACCGCUGUUAUGGAGCGGGGUGAGCUGGUCUCGAACGAGGUGGUGCUGCAGUUGCUGAAGGAAGCCAUCGAGGCCAAGGCGGAGUCCUCCAACGGGUUCCUCAUCGACGGGUACCCGCGCGAGGAGUCGCAGGGCGUCGCCUUCGAGAACACCAUCGCGCCUGUCUCUGUGAUCCUAUACUUCGAGGCGUCUUGCGAGACGCUCACCAAGCGGCUGCUGGGGCGCGCAGCCAGUUCUGGCCGCGCUGAUGACAACGAGGACACCAUCAAACUUCGGCUCAAGACCUUCCUCGAGAACAACGACAAAGUGCUUGCGCAAUACCCCACCAAGCUCGUCAGGAUAAACGCUGAAAGGUCCGUGGAUGAGAUCUUUGCGGACGUGGAGAAAGCGCUAGACGCUAUAGUGAAACAAUAAGCAACAACUAGCAACGACUAGCAACUAUUAGCAACUAAUUAGGUACAUAAGUGAUGCCUGUACAUAAUACGUCAUUAUUGAUUAAUUUUAAUUGUUGAUUAAAUAUGUUUUUAUUCUGUUAA